GAAGAUGGUCCACACCCGGCGCAGCCGAGGCAGAGGGCUGCCGCCUUCCUGCUCGCCCCCGCCCCCGACUCCCUCCCGGGGCGGCGCUCCGCUUUCCCCGCCCCUUUCUCCUCAGAAAGAGGUGCAGCAGUCGCUGGGGAGGCAGCUCCCCGGCGGGGCCUCGGUCAUGGCGAAAGGCGGCAGGAAGGUGGCCAAGCCGGACGCCCAGAGGCAGGAGAAGCAUCCCUGCGCCCCGGCCUGGGAGUUCCGCGCGUGGCUUCACGGCACUCUGAAGGAAAUGGCAGUAUUCGUUGCAAGAGCAGAUAGGAAAAUAUGGAUUACGCUUAUACUGGCUGCUGUUGCAGGAAUCCUUCACUGGUACCAUAUAACAACUCUCUUUGAGAAUGACCGCCGCUUUUCUCAUCUUUCAACUCUGGAAAGAGAAAUGGCCUUUCGAACUGAAAUGGGUCUUUAUUAUUCAUAUUUUAAGACCAUUGUUGAAGCACCAUCAUUUUUUAGUGGAGUAUGGAUGAUUAUGAAUGACGAACUAACUGAAUAUCCUCUUGUAAUCAACACACUGAAAAGGUUUCAUCUGUAUCCAGAGGUUGUGCUAGCCAGUUGGUACCGCAUGUACACAGGGGCAAUGAAUUCUACUGGUAUUCCAACACAGAAGUGUUGGACUGUAAAUAGGGGAGAAUACCUCAGCCCUGUUCAAAGCUGUGAAGGAAUGGGAGAUCCCGCUUGUUUUUAUGUGAAUGUGAUAUUUCUUCUGAAUGGAUUAAUGGUGUCGGUGUUCUUCCUGUAUGGCACAUACCUAAGUGGAAACCUAUUUGGAGGUUUGCUUACAGUGGCAUGUUUCUUUUUCAACCAUGGCGAGAGCACUCGUGUGAUGUGGACUCCCCCUCUUCGUGAAAGCUUCUCAUACCCAUUCCUUGUGCUUCAGAUGCUAUUACUAACCUACAUUCUCAGGACUCAGAAUGUUAAUAGAAGAAGCCUGAUUGCACUAUCUGUUUUUAAUGUUUUUUUCACGCUUCCAUGGCAGUUUGCUCAGUUUGUUCUUCUAACGCAGGUGGCAUCAAUUUUUGGUAUAUAUAUUUUAGGAUACAUUGAUCCACGCAAACUACAGAAGAUACUUCAUGCACAUAUGGCAUCGCUUGCAGUGUGUUUUGUCCUUAUGUUUGGAAACUCUAUGUUGUUGACAUCCUAUUAUGCUGCCUCUUUGGUAGUUUGUACGGGUAUUCUCCGAAUCAGUCAUUGCUUGAAAAUGCAUAGAAAAAAUGUUCCUUUGUGGGCCAUUGAAGCCAUGUUUUGCCUCUUUGGGACAAUUACCCUGAAGUCCUUGAUGUGUUUAAUAUUUGGAAUAACUGAUGAUGCUCAUAUAAGCAACCUGUUAAAGGCAAAACUUAUUGGUUAUAGAGAUUUUGAUACCUUAAUGUACACUUGUGCUGCGGAGUUUGAUUUCAUGGAAAAAGAGACUCCGAUAAGAUAUAUGAAGACCCUGCUUCUCCCGGUUGUUGUGGUUGUUUUUUCAGUAAUUGUUGGAAAGGUAUUUCAGUGCAUUCUGCUUCAGAAGAAAGUCUCUGAAAGAAAUGAGGAUCUUUUUAAUCAUGGAGAGAUAGUAUACCAUGCACUGCAGCUUAUUUUUUUUACUUUUCUUGCUGUUUUAAUUAUGAGACUGAAGUUGUUUCUAACACCACAUAUGUGCAUCAUGGUAUCAUUGAUAUGUUCAAAGAAACUGUUUGGGUGUGUGUUUUCCAAAAUCCAGCCUGGAAAACUUGUUCUGGCAAUUUUAGCAAUUAUGGCAUAUGAAGGAAUAGCAAACCUUCAGAAGCAGUGGAGCAUUGUGGGAGAAUUUAGCAACCUACCUCAGGAACAACUGUUGUUAUGGAUAAAAGCAAACACUAACCAAGAUGCUGUUUUUGCUGGUGCAAUGCCUACAAUGGCAAGUGUAAAACUGUCUGCUCUUCGACCUAUUGUGAAUCAUCCUCAUUAUGAAGAUGCAGCUUUACGGGCAAGAACGAAAAUAAUUUAUUCCAUGUAUAGUCGAAAACCAGCAAAAGACGUUAAAAAGGAAUUGGUAAAGAUGGGAGUGAAUUACUACAUUUUAGAAGAAUCUUGGUGCCUAAAGAGACCUAGGCCUGGCUGCAGCAUGCCAGAAAUCUGGGAUGUAGAAGAUCUCGCCAACAUUGGAAAAGUUCCCUUAUGCAAUCUUAUGGGCAAGAAUUCCAGACCAUACUUCAGAACAGUAUUCGACAACAGUGUAUACAAAGUGUUAGAAGUUACUACAUAGUGAUUCUCCGGUGUGACAGAUUCUCUAACAGGGUGAUUUUAAAACUGGCAACUGUUUAAAACAUAUCUCUAAACUCCAAAUCCAUUAUAAUUAAUUAAAAUAUUGACAUUGAUUUUAGCUUAUAGCAUCAUUAGAUAUUGGCAGUAUUCCAUAGAACUGUGUAUUGGGCGAGGGGGAAGGGUCAUAUUUUUAGAUAAGUUUAGAACUAGACCAUAUGUUUAAACUUUUGUUCUGUGUCAAACUCUUUCAGCUAGCUUUGGACUCCAUAUUGUAGAUGCAGUCUACUUAAGUUGCUAAAACACCACUAUGAUCUCAUUUGCAAUGAACAUAUUUUUGCUAUAAAACAUUUAAAGGUUUUGAUAUCACUAGGGUAGACAAAAUGAAGAGAUUUUCAUUUAUAAAACUGCAACAAGGAAAUGUUUUCAGGAAAGCCUUUUUUUUAAAAUUUUUUGGCCCUAAUGUGUAAUAAAACGUAUUUUCUUCUUCCUGUAGAAAGAGAAAUUAACAUUCCACAGGAAAUAAAAUCUAACCACUCAAGGAGUGUAAGAUAAACCUGAAAUCCCAUGUAAUGUAUUAGUGUAUUGCUCUAGUACACAUUUUAGAAUAGUAUUCAUUUCUGUAUCAAGGAAACCAAUACUUUGGAAAGCCUCUGCCCCCAGAUUCAGUUUUAUUUCCUUUGGUAAAGAAAAAAAUAUUUAAAAAAUAAAGAUCUCAGUUUGUUUAAUAAAAUGGGCCACUAAAAUGGAAGUGAAGCAGGACCUUUUUUAUAAUUAAAGCAUAGUAAAGCACAAAAAUACUGUAUUUUUAUGGAUUUUAUGAAAAUUGUUGAUGUUUGUGGUUAAUAAAAGCUUGGUUCAUA